GGUGUAUAUGUUGCCAUAACAACAUAAAAUGCGGAAGGGAUUGUUUAUAUCACCUGCAGAAUACAUUUUAUAGACGGCUGUUUUGUUUUCAGACACUGCUAUUCUUCUACCGUUUAGAGGACAGAAUGGAAAGCAUAAAUGUUAAGUCAUCAAGCAUUCCUGUGUUUUCAAGAUAUCAUCCUGUCAUACCAAAACGGUACACACCAGCUUUCAAGCAUGAUAUGAAGAACAGAAAUCUUAUAGUUGAGAACUGUAAGAUUGCUGGACUGCAUUAUGGACCUGAGGAAACAUCACUUUAUUUAGAGAAAAGAGAGCGCUUCAGCUGUGCAGAGCCAAGAGAGAGGGUAAAGGCGAAAAGCUUGCAAAUACCACGUGAUCUGCAGUUGCGACCUUCCCUUUAUUCGCCUCUUUCGAAAUACCAAAGCAGCCUCUCAUUCAGAACAUCAUCAUCUUAGUGAAAUUUAAAAAGAACAGUAAUCUUUGAACAUAUUAUCUGUUUUCAAAACUUCUCGAUUUUCCAGAUCAUCUUAUUUGCUCAUAUGUACAUAUAAAGAUAAGUUUUCACAGUUGCAUUAACAGAAAUACUACCUUAUUCUAGGUUUAAUUGUUAUCGAUGAACUUCUAUAACGGAAAAUUGUCUCUAUCUUAAGUAUUGGUAUUUAAACGAACGAAAGCGAUCAGUUUCUAGCAAAAAAAUAAAAGAACAAUUCAGACCUUGAAUAAGUUGUCUGGUUUUCGUAUUCAGGGCAGACAAUCCGUCAAAGCCUGCAGCUAAAAGCAGUUUAGCAGCUUAUAACCAACUUCAUUAAGGAAAGAUUAGGACUUCUGUGUGUAACGGUGUAUCACUCUUUAGUUAACGACAGUUUCUGUGUAUUUCUAGUGUCUAUCUCAUUCUAACAAAAAGUGAUCACAAAUGGUUACCCCCCCCCCCAUUAUGUCCCUUGACGCCAAAGUGAUAAUCCACCCCUUCAUAGCGGUACAAUCAUUGAUUGUUGGUGUUAGUCUCCUUUCGUUCUUAUAUAUAGGGACACAAGGCUUUUUAGAAAAAAAGAAUUUGCGUUAGUAUCAAAAUUCGAAAAAUCAAUUUACGUCAACUGAAUGCUUUUGUGCAAAUCUCAGCAUAUGUGGGUCUAUGUUAAUGAAGAAAUCGAAACAAAAAGACGAAAACUUUCUGAUUUACGAAAGCAUGAGACAUCAAUUUUUAAAAUUAAAAUAUUUUCAUUAAAAUGCCACUAAAUGGCUAAACAACCUUCAAAAACAUCAUAUAUCUAGUACAUGCUUUGUAUCUCAACGUAUUUUCGAAUGAAAUCAGAAAUAUUUUGAAAUCAGAAAUAUUUUAUACCAAACAAAAUAUUAUUUACAAGAACACAAAUAAAAUCAUUUACAAGAAUACAGAUAAAAUCGUACCUAUUGGCCUGAAAUUAAUCGACAGAACCUUGAAAUUUGGUACCAUUUCAAAUCGAGGCCAUGAAACAUGACAUAAUUAAACAAUGAUUAACAGGAUAUGAUGUAUUUUGAUUACAAAGAUCUUUCCUGUGGACUGUUUUUCAUACAUCAACUACCGUACCUCAAAUCAUUACACCAGCUGCACAGCCAUAACAGAAUCUAACAGUUUCAACAUUAAGGAUAUUCCAUAAAAUUUUUUUCGAUUUCUUCAUUUUUCAGAGAAGUCAGUGUCUAUGCUACAAAAAAGAACAUAUUUUUCAGAACAGACAUUCUACGAUUCAACACAAAUUGGAUGGGGUUGAAAUAACAACAGGCCUUACCAUCUCUUUGCAUCAACAAAGGGGGUCACAUUGAAGGGGUAGGGCGGUGAAGAAAAAUGGUUUAUUGCACAAACCACUGUAUCAGCUUAAAGCAAGGGGAAGAAAAUUGCAGAAGCGGAAGACAACUGUUUUGAUAUGGUUUCACAAGUAUAUAUUGAUAGAAAGAAACGUUUACAUUAAUUUAGCAAAUUUAGUAAGCUAACAAACCAAAAAUUGGUAUGGCAGCAUCUUACCUUAAUCAGUUUUUGGUCUGGAUUUACUUGAAUUUCGAAUAAGGAAACCAGGACCAGCGACUAGAAUGGCAGCAAGAAACAUUCGAAGUAUGACAGAUGGUGUCAUAAUCUGGUUUAAAGACGUAAUUUCGGAGAGAAUGCAACCUGCCUGGCAACACAUAAAGUUAUAUGGGAUAAGACCUGUAAAAGAAAAUUCAGAGAAGAAGUAAGCCAAUUUGCAGUAGCAACCAAUUCCUCUAACAAAUAAAAUGGGCAUAACAAACCACUUCAAUGUCAACAUCUCAGGGGACUACUAUCAUCUUCUUAGAGACCCAAAAAACAGUUCAUUUGAUUGGUCAAAGCAGGCAUAUUACUUAUCUGAAGGGGGGGGGGGGCUCAAUAUCUAAUGUUUCAAAGGAUAGGCCAAUUAUCAAUGAGUGCAAUGAGUGAAUGUUAUGUUUCUAAACCUUUCAGACUGGUGGCACAAAAUGGAUAACAAGUGUAAGGAUCAGGGUUGUCAAACAGGGUUUACAAAAAAAAGGUCAGAUGGGGAGUCAACUUAGUCUAAAAUGCUCAUAAAAAGGCUAGAUCAAAAAAUAUAUAUAACCCAAAAAUACAUUCCGCAUGGGCUGUUUAUAUUUCUACACAGUCAUGUGACUUUUAAAUAAUAUCUUAACUCAAAUUAGAAACUUACUUCUGCCUUAAAACAACAAUUGUCUGACAGUUCCGAUCUAUUUUUUAUGUUUUACCUAUAGGUGAUCACAUUUUAUAUUUGGGUGUAGUAAACUACUAAUUACUCCAUUGAUGUAGAUAUUACUCUUUCUAUUUAGAAAUUCUGCUGAAAAGGCCAAAAAAGCCAAAUUUAAGUAGUAGGCCAAAAACAAAUUUUCCGGGUAAUUUAUCUAUGAAAAAGACAAAAAUUGGAAAAUUUGGCCUGAAAAAGGCCAAUCUGCAAAAAGGAUAGCAUUUGAGCAGAUUUAGUACACGUGAACAUACCAACAAGAACUGAAGCAAAGAAAAGGUGAACAGGUAUGCCAAGUAUAGGUGAUGACAUGUUCAGAAACCAAUUCGGUGACAUUGGGAAUAGUCUUAAGCAUAACAGGAAGAAAAAUAUUCCAUCAGUGUUAUCAUCAACCUGAAAUAUUAAAUGAAAACAAUCUGAAUUAAAAGUUUUUAAAAAACAUCUCUUCAAAAUAAAGGAGUUCAUACUUCGAUAAUAAAGUUAAUUUGAAAGUGAAAUCUGCUGUACAACUCAGGGAAAUAGAAGAUCCUCUUUGUCAACUAAUUGCUGAAAAUUGAAGAUUUGACAACUAACAUGCAAUAAGAGAACCCAAAACAGUAUCCUACAUGUACCUCACAUAAUUUCAAUUCACAAUUGAAGACAAUAUAGACUGAAAAAAGCUAGCGUUCUAUUAGGGUUUUACAAGCAAAUAUGCUAGCAAAGCAUUAUGAAAUUCAAAUCCCAUUUUUAGGUAAAAAACUGAAAGGCAGAAAAAUACUUGCAAAGCUAUUUAUCAUAAAAUCUACACCUUUUAAACUAUUUUUCUGUGAAUUUGUAUUUUCAUUACCUUUUUUUGGAGAUAUGUCAACUUGUCUGGAAAAAAGUGUUGUAAAAUGGACUUUCCAAAAACUUUUGACCAAGUGUAACAUGCAGUGGCUCCAACAGCUGUUAGCAAGCAAACAAGAGGAAAUCCAGUCCACAUUCCAAAUAAUGCACCACUUAAAACAUUC